AUGGACAAGCCUGGUAUCGAACCCAGGACUUCUAGCGUGCAUCCAUACACUACUCGCCCGUUAUGCCAGGGGGGGUACCCCUUCCCUGAUGGUUUGGGAGAUCACUUGAUCCCUUCCUCCAACAUUAACAGCAAGGCGGUCCUUGAAGGCACAAGACUCCCUGAUAUCAUUCAUUUUGCCAUUGGUGCAAAGGUUAUGGUGACGUCAAACAUAAACAUGGAUAUGAAUAUUGCCAAUGAAUAUGGCAAUCCAAGCCGGAUGGGGGACAUACCCGAUGGGGUGGUGCCAAUUUUCCCUAAGUACCAACUGAAGAUUGGAGGAGGGAAAGCCAAAAGUGUGAAGUGGAAACAACUCCCUAUAACUGGAGCAUAUGGUUCCACGGACUAUCGCGCGCAUGUAAUAAUCAACCUCACAACUCCUCCUACUGGAGCACUGACACCAUUCAGUGCAUACGUUGCAUUAUCGCAUAGCUCAGGGAGAAAAACCAUCCGCUUAUUGAGAGAUUUCGAUGAAACCCUUUUCACACGGCCUGUGUGUGAGGCUCUAAAGUGGGCGGACUCACAGUUUGAAGAGUUGAACAAGAAGACAAAGGAACAUUGGGAACAGCGUUGCAUUGCUGGAACAAUGGCACACACAUGA